CAUUUCCACCAUUCUAGAGAAGCAAACUACAUCAGAUUUCUGAAAGAGUGAGAUGGCUCGUACCAAGCAGACGGCUAGGAAGUCCACCGGAGGGAAGGCCCCGAGAAAGCAGUUGGCCACCAAGGCUGCUCGAAAGUCUGCGCCGGCCACGGGAGGGGUAAAGAAGCCCCACAGGUUCAGGCCGGGAACAGUGGCGUUGAGGGAGAUCAGGAAGUACCAAAAGAGCACUGAACUCUUGAUCAGGAAGCUACCGUUCCAGAGGCUGGUUAGGGAGAUUGCUCAGGACUUCAAAACGGAUCUGAGGUUCCAGAGCAGCGCUGUGGCUGCUCUCCAGGAGGCGGCCGAGGCGUACCUGGUUGGUCUCUUUGAGGAUACCAACCUCUGCGCCAUUCACGCCAAGAGAGUCACCAUCAUGCCCAAGGACAUCCAGCUCGCUCGCAGAAUCCGCGGCGAGAGGGCUUAGGCUAGCGUCUCGUGAAAUCGAAGUUACCAGAUCUAGGUUUUGUUCUCUAGAUGUUCCCAUUAUGUGAUCCGGUGAUGGAGAUGUAAAUGUUAUUGAAAUCUAAUGUUGAAAUUGAUUAAAUUAUUCA